AUGGUUCUUUCUGUGUACUGGCACUGUGUCUUCGGUACUUUGCCAAUGAGCCUUUGCAGACCUCACGCACGCGUGGAGGGGCUGCGCAGGAGCUUCAUCGCCACGCUCAUCAACGGCUCGGUCACAGAGGACAACAUGCGAUCCGUCAUCACUUUCGACAAGGGUGGGACGUGGGAGCUGCUGCAGCCGCCUGCUGCUGACAGCCUGGGAGGCACUGUGGACUGCCAGCUUGGUAAAGGUUGCUCUCCCCACCUGGCCCAGCGCUGGAGCCAGCUUUUCAACAUCCAGCUGAGGAGGAUGCCCAUUUUAUCCAAGGACUCUGCACCAGGACUCAUCAUGGCCACAGCUCUAGUUACAGGUGCAGCUGCAUCACUGACCGCAUCACUAAUGCUGGUGUGGUCAGAGGUGAAGCAGAAACUGUUUGGCAGCCAUGAUCCUUCAUCUGUUCAGCUCUGGGUUUCCUACAACCGCCAGCCAAUGAAAGCUGCCCAGUUUAUGACCCGACAUCCAAUCACAGAGUACUACAUAGCAGAUGCGUCAGAGGACCAAGUGUUUGUGUGUGUGAAUCACCUGAACAAUGUCACACACCUCUACAUCUCAGACACACAGGGCCUGUCCUUCUCUCUGUCUCUGGAGAAUGUUCUGUACUACAGUCCCGAGGGCUCCGGCAGCAACACACUGAUCAGGUACUUUGCCAAUGAGCCUUUUGCAGACCUGCACCGCGUGGAGGGGCUGCGAGGAGUCUUCAUCGCCACGCUCAUCAACGGCUCGGUCACAGAGGACAACAUGCGAUCCGUCAUCACUUUCGACAAGGGUGGGACGUGGGAGCUGCUGCAGCCGCCUGCUGCUGACAGCCUGGGAGGCACUGUGGACUGCCAGCUUGGUAAAGGUUGCUCUCUCCACCUGGCCCAGCGCUGGAGCCAGCUGUUCAACAUCCAGCUGAGGAGGAUGCCCAUUUUAUCCAAGGACUCUGCACCAGGACUCAUCAUGGCCACAGGAUCUUUUGGCAGGAACUUGGCCAACAAACCUAAUGUGUAUGUAUCUAGCAGUGCUGGAGCUCGCUGGAGAGAGGCACUGGCAGGCCCUUAUUUCUACACAUGGGGGGACCAUGGUGGUAUUCUGAUGGCUAUCGCACAAGGAAGUUCCACCACACAGCUCAAGUUCAGCACCAAUGAAGGUGAGACAUGGAUCGACUUUCAGUUCUCAGACAGGGAGGUGUAUGUUUACCAGCUGCUGACCGAGCCCGGGGAGAAGAGCACCAUCUUUACCAUCUUCGGCUCCUAUGCUGACCUGAGGCACAGUUGGCUCAUCCUGCAGGUCAACACCUCCGACGUCCUGGGUGUGCCGUGUUCUGACGCUGACUACAAGCACUGGUCUCCGUCAGAUGAGCACGGUAACGAGUGUCUGUUGGGCAGAGAGGUAACGUUUAAGAGAAGAGCUCCCCAUGCUACAUGUUUCAACGGAGAGGACUAUGACCGCCCCGUCACCAUCGCUAACUGCUCCUGCACACGCCAGGACUACGAAUGUGACUACGGCUUCAAGCUGAGUGAAGACUUGUCCCUGCAGGUGUGUGUGCCUGACCCUGAGUUCUCAGGUGACCUCUACGCUCCUCCAGUGCCAUGUCCUGUCGGUACCACCUACCGCCGCAGCAAAGGCUACAGGAAGGUACCAGGCGACAGCUGCAGUGGAGGAGAUGUGGAGUCUAGGUUGGAUGGAGAGAUGCUGCCUUGUCCUGUCGGAGAGAGUAACGAGUUCAUCCUGUACGCGGUGAGGAACUCCAUCCAUCGCUACGACCUGGCCACAGGCACAGACCAGGCCCUGCCUCUGGCCGGCCUCAGGGAGGCCGUGGCUCUGGACUUUGACUAUGACAGGAACUGCUUGUACUGGGCUGACAUCUCAUUGGAUACCAUACAGCGUCUGUGUCUGAACGGCAGCACAGGUCAGGAGGUUGUAGUGAGGAAAGAUCUGCAGAACGUGGAGGCUCUGACCUUUGACCCCGUCAGUAGACUGCUGUACUGGGUUGACGCUGGGGCGCAGACGAUUGAGGUGUCGAACCCUGACGGUGACCUGCGCCACACUCUGCUCAACUCCUCUGUCCUGGAACAUCCCAGAGCUCUGGUUCUGCUGCCUGGAGAGAGUCUGAUGUUCUGGACUGACUGGGGAGACCGAGCGGCUGGUGUUUACCGGAGCUUCAUGGAUGGAACCAAUGUGUCCUGCAUCGUGUCAGAGGGCGUCCGCUGGCCCAACGGGAUCACAGCUGACGACCACUGGCUGUACUGGACCGAAGCCUACAGCGACCGUAUCGAGAGGGCCGACUUCACCGGGGGGCAGAGGAGUGUUCUCAUGGAGGGGCUGCCCCACCCAUAUGCCAUCGCUGUCUUCAAGAAUGACCUCUACUGGGACGACUGGUCCAGAAUGGGGAUCUUCAAAGCUCCAAAAGCUGGCUCCCAGAGCAAUGAGCUGAUUGUUGGCAGACUAACCGGGGUCAUGGACCUCAAGAUCUUCUAUAAGGGGAAGAACAGAGGCCAUAAUGCCUGUGCUGACCAGCCGUGCAGCCUGCUGUGUCUGCCUCAGCCCGGCCAUCGACACACCUGUGUAUGCCCAGACGGUGCCCCGACUGUUGCCAUGCCCAAUGGAGAGCUGCAGUGCCAGUGUCCCAACGGCUACCAGCUCCAAAACAGCACCUGCAUUAAGACCGAGCACAGCUGUUUGCCCAACGAGUACCGCUGCGCCAACGGCCGCUGCAUCAGCAGCAUCUGGAAGUGUGACAGCGAUAAUGACUGUGGAGACAUGAGUGAUGAACAGGAGUGUCCCACUACGACCUGUGACCCUUCCAACCAGUUUCGCUGCAUGGCCUCAGGCUCCUGCAUCCCCCUGGCCUUCAAAUGUGACCAUGAAGACGACUGUGGAGACAACAGUGAUGAGGAGCACUGUGAGUCUCACCAGUGUGGCGCAGGAGAGUUUACAUGUGCACGAGGUGUUUGUAUCCGCGAGGCAUGGCGCUGUGAUGGAGACAACGACUGCAGAGACUGGUCGGACGAGGCCAACUGCACAGUGGGCCAUCAUACAUGUGAGGCCAGUAGCUUCCAGUGUCACACCGGUCACUGUAUACCACAGCGCUGGAUGUGUGACGGUGAUGACGACUGCCAGGAUGACUCAGACGAAGACCCCCGAUAUUGUCCCUGCCUCCCUCAGGGCCGCCUCAGUAAAAGCCAGGGCUGUCUCUCAGGCCGAGGUGUUGCAGCAGUAAAUCUCUGCAUUUUAGGCCUCAUUGGCCGCGGUGCGAGCAGGCCAAAAGGGUGCCAGUGGCUCCACAGACUGCCACUGCUGAAUCUAGAGGAUGAUGAUGACUGA